AUGAGCCGCCAAGUCAGUUAUAGCCAACAAUCUUGUAGGACUUCCAGCGGAGGGCAGCGCCAGGGAUUCAGCGGCCGAUCUGCUGUGGUCUCCAGCAAGAGCCGAAUCAGCUCUGGCAAGUCGACAUCCGCCUCCCGAUGUGGAGGAGGUGGUGGCAGUGGUGGCUCCUCAGCCUGUGCCAUGAGGGGCUUGGGUUUUGGCAGCAGAAGCCUGUACUCCCUUGGGGGGAACAAGAAGAUCUCGUAUAGUGUAGCUGGGGGUAGCUACCAGGCUGGGGGCUUUGGUGGUGGCCGAAGUUGCGGCUUUGGGGGGAGUGGGUUUGGAGCUGGUGGCUUUGGAGGGGGAGCUGGUAGCUUUGGAGGGGGAGCUGGUGGUUUUAGAGGGGGAGCUGGUGGCUUUGGAGGGGGAGCUGGUGGCUUUGGAGGGGGAGCUGGUGGUUUUAGAGGGGGAGCUGGUGGCUUUGGAGGAGGAGUUGGUGGGUUUGGUGGCCCUGGUGGCUUUGGUGGCCCUGGUGGUUUUGGUGGCUCCAGUGGUCCUGGUGGUUUCCCUGGUGGCAUCCAUGAAGUGACUGUCAACCAGAGUCUCCUAAAGCCCCUCAAUGUGGAGAUUGACCCCCAAAUUGGGCAGGUGAAGACCCAGGAGAAGGAGCAAAUCAAAACCCUCAACAACAAAUUUGCUGCCUUUAUUGACAAGGUCCGGUUCCUGGAACAACAGAACCAAGUCCUAGAGACCAAGUGGCAGCUGCUGCAGGACCACGGCUCCGCCUCUAGCUCCAACACCCAGAACCUGGAUCCCUUCUUUGAGAAUUACAUCAGCAGCCUCAGGUCCCACCUGGAUGGGCUGGUUAAUGAGAAAAACAAGCUGAAUGGGGAGUUGUGCAGCAUGGAGGAGCUGGUUGAGGACUUCAAGAAGAAGUAUGAAGAUGAAAUCAACAAACGCACUGCUGCUGAGAAUGACUUUGUGAUUCUUAAGAAGGAUGUAGAUGCUGCCUACAUGAACAAAGUGGAGCUGGAGGCCAGAGACAACAACCUGCUGGAUGAGAUUAACUUCCUAAAGGCCUUGUACGAUGCAGAGCUGUCCCAGAUGCAGUCAGACACCAGCGACACCUCUGUGGUCCUGUCCAUGGACAACAACCGAUGCCUGGACCUGGAUAGCAUCAUUGCUGAAGUCCAAGCACAAUAUGAAGAGAUCGCCCAGAGGAGCAAAGCUGAGACUGUGGCCCUGUACCAGAGUAAACUGGGAGAGCUGGAAAACACAGCUGGCAGGCAUGGGGAUGACCUGAAAAACAUCAAGAGUGAGAUCUCUGAGCUCAACAGGAUGAUCCAGAGGCUUCGAGCUGAAAUUGAGAAUGUCAAGAAGCAGAACGCCAACCUUCAAGCAGCUAUUGCCGAUGCUGAGCAGCGUGGGGAGAUGGCUCUCAAAGAUGCCAAUGCCAAGGUGGUGGAACUAAAGGCUGCCCUGCAGCAGGCCAAGGAUGACCUGGCCCGACUACUUCGCGAUUAUCAGGAGCUCAUGACAGUCAAACUAGCCCUGGACAUGGAGAUUGCCACCUACAGGAAGCUGCUGGAGGGAGAGGAAUGCAGGAUGUCUGGAGAGUGCCCGAACACUGUGAGCAUUGAAAUGGUCCAUAGCAGCAGCAGCAGUAGUGGCGUCUCCAUGGGAGGAGGAGCUGAUGGACGUGGCCGAAGUAGCACCAGUGGGGGCAGUUAUGGCCGUGGGGGGACGGGCAACAAGGGGAUGGGCAGCGGGGGCAGUUAUGGUAGUGGGGGGAUAGGCAACAAGGGAAUGGGCAGUGGGGGCCAUGGUGGCAGUUCCAGUGGAGGCUUGAGCUCUGGCGGGAGCUGUAGUGUUGGAGGUGGGUACUCUAGCCAAUCUGGAGGCUCUGGGGUUCUCAGUGGGGGUGGUAGCAGCUCUAUCCAAGUCUCACAGAGCUCUACCCGGAGCCAGAGGUCCAACAACAAAUUUUAA